AUGCAAAGUGACGAGAUGGUGGACGGAGAGGUCUUCUUCGACGAAGACCCUGAGCUCUUCAAACUGCUCAUGCUCCACUUGAGGCUCAAAGGGCUCCUUGGCCGGGAAUUUGCUCCACAGAUCCCAGCUCCAAAGAGGGGUGCAUGGAACCGGUUCACCGAGUACUUGAACUUAGAAGGCAUGAAAGUCGUGGACUUGGUUGACACAAAGUUGGCUGACUCCCAGAAGCAGCUGCUCUUGCUGCAAUGGCUGCCGCUCAAGAAGCUGAAGUUGCUCUACCGUGCCACUCAAGACGGCUUUGCGCCUGCAAACUUCCAUCAGAAGUGCGACAACCGGGGGCCGACGGUCGUGCUCGCCCGCAGCACUGGUGGCUACAUCUUUGGGGGUUACACCGAUGCAGCGUGGAGCAGCACAAAUCAAUACGUGAGAUGUGAAGGAGCUUUUUUGUUCCGCCUCUGUGGGCCCAACGCCUCGCCGUCGCGGCACGACAUUUUCCAGAAUCAUCAGCAUGGCAUUUCCUGCUCUGUGUCCUACUUGCCGGUCUUCGGUGGGGGGCACGAUUUGCAGCUCCAACAAUGCGGAAGCCAGGGACAAGCAACGUUCAGUGUAUUUGGACAUACCUACAAUGCGUCCGGCACGGGCGGUCAGUUCACGUUUUUGGCCGAAGCCCAAACUGUGACCGUGGAUGAGAUCGAAGUCUUUGGGUGCUCGGCAUAA